ACUUUUGUGACCAUUGCAAGAUGAAAGGUCACAGCAAUAAAGAUGGUUGUUUUAAGCUAAAUGGAUAUCCAUAUUGUGAUCACUGUAACAUGAAGGGUCACACUAAGGAGGGAUGCUUCAAAUUACAUGGAUAUCCAGAACGUUCUAAGGGCAUGGUUCAGAAACGAAAGAGGGGCAUGUCUUAUGCUGCAAAUGUUGAAAGUGGUGAACACAACAAGGAUCAGGAGGAACCUCUGGACUUUGGGAAUCAGAGAGACACCACCAUGGUGAACAACCUUGUUGAGCAAGUUCUCAAGGCUUUAUCUAUCAAGCAAGGUGAGGGUAGCAGCAGUUCAGUAAACAACUCUCAUCUAAGCAACUUUGCAGGACCCUUCUAAUGAUGAGGUGGUAGGAAAAGGAAGAAGAUAUGGAGGGAUAUAUCAACUAAAGUUGUCUGAAGAAAAAUGGACAAAGAAUGAAGGUGUCAGUAGUUUCAAGGAUUGUAAUAAUGUAGUUUUGAACAAGAAAAGAAAAGGAAACAUUGUGCUGUUUCAUCAGAGACUAGGACAUACUUCUUUCUCAAAAUUAA